AUGGUUGUCUGCAAAUAUUUCCUACAAGGCAAUUGCAAGUUUGGAAACAGCUGCAGAAACGAUCACCCUUCAUCUGGGUUCGCGAGUCAAAACAGAUUUAGCCCUCUUAGUGGCAGCGGAGGUAAUCGCUUUGGAGGAUUCGGAAACAUGAAUGACGGUCGACAAGACGCCUGGCGUCUAAACACUGCAGAUGUACGCAAUGAUCUUACAGAUGGAAAAGGUCGACCCAAAUGGAUUCUCUCGGCCUAUGGCCCAGGAAAAGAAGCUCCAGCUUCGCUCCUUGAGUCCGAUGAAUUCAGCCCUGAAGAAAUCCGAGUCCGCUUCUACGAAAUGGCAAGCCAAGGAAAGCAGGACGAUGCAGAUCGUGAGGCGAUGGGCUUGUGGAACAAGGCCGAUCAAGACAUCAAUCAGAUUCUCAACAAUGUCGACGGCGUAAUCAAAUUCAUGGAAGAGGCAGAUUCAAAACAUCCGAACAGAGGAGAUUUUGCAAAGAUGGAUGGGACCAAGUCUCGCGACCAGCUUAUCAAGGACGCCACGAUGCAAUCAACAACGUCGACUCCGGGAUCUGGCCCUGGCUUUGGUCAGGGCUCUACGCCCAAUCCUUUUGCGAAGCCUGCUGCUUCGACUUUUGGUCAACCUUCCCAGCCUUCGCUCUUUGGCUCUUCUACUUUUGGGAAACCAGCUUUCGGUCAGAGCGGGUUUGGAAGCAGUUCAGGGCAAACUUCUAGUCCUUUCGGGCAGACUUCCAGUGGUAGUGCAUUUGGGAAACCGGCGUUCGGAAGUUCUGGAUUCGGCCAAGCCACGUUUGGUCAGCCAUCGCAGCCAGCGGCGCCCACAUUCGGACAACCUUCUCGACCGACGUCGACGUUUGGCCAGCCGUCUCAACCGUCCUCUACAUUUGGGCAGCCAGCCUUUGGGUCGUCUGGAUUCGGAUCUGCUGCACAAAUGAGUCCGUUUGCUCCAGCGUCCGCGUCAAGUGGUUUUGGUCAAGGGCCAUCAACAUUCGGUCAGCCAUCCCAACCAACAUCGACGUUUGGCCAGCCUUCACAGCCCGGCUCUGCAUUUGGUCAACCGACACAACCGAGUUCGACAUUCGGCCAACCUUCACAGCCUACUUCGACGUUUGGGCAAGCAAGCCAACCUACAUCUAUCUUCGGCCAGGCAAGUCAGCCUUCAUCAACCUUUGGACAUCCAUCUCAACCAACCUCUAAAUUUGGUCAGCCUACGACAUUCGGUAAACCCGGCUUUGGCCAGUCCACAUCCACUUUCGGACAACCAUCCCAACCUCCACCAACUUUUGGCCAGCCAUCCCAACCUACGUCAACUUUCGGCCAGCCAUCUCAAUCCACUAUAUCCCCCUUCGCCCAGACAUCGCAAUCAACGACAUCCCCAUUCGGCCAAGCUGCAAGCACAGCGUCUGGAUUUGGAACAACAGGUUUUGGGACCAGUUCCAGGUCUGAACCGGCUUUCAGUCAGACAAAUGCCCCGACCAAUCCAGUCGGCGUCAAACCAACAGAAGACCAACCCAAUGACCAGACCAUGGACACCGCAUCCCCGGCAGAAUCUCGUCCAGUCUCUCGCGCUAAUCUGUUUGAAACACCGUCCACUCAACCAUCCCAGCCUGCUCCCUCUUCCACACAACCACAGCCCACAGCAGCAGCGAAACCAAUCGUCAACACCUCGUCAACACCACACCCACUAACCGGCAAACCUCCCCACGUCAUUACAUACACACAAACUCUCCCACCGCAACCGACCCGGAAAAAUGCCUCGGGUCAAGUGACUUCCUACCGCGGCCAAGCUGUACAAUAUGUUGACGGAACGCCAUGUUACGCACGACCCGACGGUAAGGGCCUGGAGAAGAUCUGGUUCCCUGACGCUGGCGCGACGCCCGAGGUUGUGGUGCUGAACCGGGAGGAAAAACUUGAUGAUUUCCAGGGGAGUGAGGACGAGUAUUCGGACAUGGUCAAGGAUGAGUAUAGGUAUUUAUUUGAAAAUGGAAGGUUUAAGGAUGGGAAGAUUCCUCUGGUCCCGCCGUUGAGGGAGUGGGGAGUUUAUGAUUUCUAG